CCACGCUCUGAGCACGUGAGCCCUGGCACUUCUCCCUGUCCUCUCGUCUUCAUCCUCUAGACUUGAGCAUUUCUUGCCCAGGGUUAUAGCUUGACAAUUAAGAUACUGCUAUAGAUGGAUACUUCCUGAAACAAUUAAGAAAUUGGAUGGUGGCUGGUAGGAGCUGGGUUUCUCACUUUUAGAAUUGGAGUUUACAGAGUGAAAAGGUCCCUAAUCCAAGAGCCUUGAACUUCAGGCCACCAUCAAGAUGGUGGGGGAAGGUGCCUACCUUAUUUCAGAUCUGGACCGGCGAGGUCAGCGAAGAUCUUUUUCAGAGAGAUAUGAUCCCAGCCUGAAGACCAUGAUCCCAGUGCGACCCUAUGCAAGAUUGGCAUCCAACCCAGUAGAUGAUGCGGGACUGCUCUCCUUUGCCACGUUUUCCUGGCUUACUCCAAUGAUGAUCAGAGGCUACAAACACACGCUAACUGAGGAUAACCUACCCCCAUUGUCGCCAUAUGACUCAUCGGACACCAAUGCUAAAAGAUUUCGAAUCCUUUGGGAUAAAGAGGUAGAAAGGGUGGGCCCUGAGAAGGCCUCUCUGGGUCGAGUGGUCUGGAAAUUCCAGAGGACACGUGUUUUGAUGGAUAUUCUGGCCAACAUCCUGUGCAUCAUCAUGGCAGCCAUAGGGCCGACGGUUCUCAUUCACCAAAUCCUCCAGCACACCGAGAAUACCUCCGGAAAAGUCUGGGUUGGCGUCAGCCUGUGCCUAGCCCUUUUUGCCACCGAGUUUACCAAAGUCCUAUUUUGGGCUCUUGCCUGGGCCAUAAAUUACCGCACGGCGAUCCGGUUGAAGGUAGCCCUCUCCACCCUGGUUUUUGAACACCUGGUGUCCUUCAAGACAUUGACACACAUCUCUGUUGGUGAGGUACUCAAUGUACUAUCCAGUGAUAGCUAUUCCUUGUUUGAAGCUGCCUUGUUUUGUCCCUUGCCAGCCACCAUCCCUAUCCUACUGAUCAUUUGUGCGGUGUAUGCCUUUUUUAUUCUGGGACCCACAGCUCUCAUCGGGAUAUCUGUGUAUGUCAUAUUCAUCCCCAUCCAGAUGUUUAUGGCUAAGCUCAAUUCAGCUUUCCGAAGAUCAGCGAUUUCGAUGACAGACAAGCGAGUUCAGACAAUGAAUGAGUUUCUGACCUGCAUCAAGCUGAUUAAAAUGUACGCCUGGGAGAAAUCUUUUAUGAACACCAUUCGAGAUGUACGAAGGAGGGAGAGGAAAUUACUGGAAAAAGCUGGAUUUAUCCAAAGUGGAAACUCAGCCCUGGCCCCCAUUGUGUCCACCAUUGCUAUCGUACUGACAUUCACCUGUCACAUCCUCCUGAGACGCAAGCUCACUGCCCCUGUGGCAUUCAGUGUGAUUGCCAUGUUUAAUGUAAUGAAGUUUUCAAUUGCAAUCUUGCCUUUCUCAGUCAAAGCAGUGGCCGAAGCCAAUGUCUCUCUAAAGAGAAUGAAGAAAAUUCUCAUAUAUAAAAGGCCUCCAUCCUACAUCACCCAUCCAGAAGACCCAGAUACUGUCUUGUUUUUAGCAAAAGCCACCUUGACAUGGGAGGAAGAAGCCAGUAAGAAAAAUGACCUAAGGAAAAUGCAGAACCAGAAAAGGUAUUUUUUCAAGAAACGGAUGCCAGUAGAAACCUACAGCAAGUGGAGUCCAUCAGCCCAGGGAUUUGUUGGCCCAGAGGAGCCAAGUGGCAUUCCCACGUCGGUUCUGCAUAAUAUAAGCUUUGUACUGACAAAGGGGAAGGUCUUGGGAAUAUGUGGGAAUGUUGGAAGUGGAAAGAGCUCCCUCAUUGCAGCUCUCCUGGGACAGAUGCAGUUACAGAAAGGAGUGGUGGCAGUCAAUGGAACUCUGGCCUAUGUCUCUCAGCAAGCAUGGAUCUUUCAUGGAAAUGUGAGAGAAAACAUUUUAUUUGGAGAACAGUAUGAUCACCAAAGGUAUCAGCACACAGUUCGUGUUUGUGGCCUUCGAAAGGACUUGAGCAGCCUCCCUUAUGGAGACUUGACUGAGGUUGGAGAGCGGGGCCUCAACCUCUCAGGGGGACAGAGGCAGAGGAUCAACUUGGCCCGUGCUGUCUACUCUAACCGCCAGCUCUACCUGCUGGACGACCCUCUGUCAGCUGUGGAUGCCCAUGUGGGGAAGCAAAUCUUUGAGGAGUGCAUUAAGAAGAUGCUCCGGGGGAAGACCAUUGUCCUGGUGACCCACCAGCUGCAGUUCUUGGAGUCUUGUGAUGAAGUCAUUUUGUUAGAAGAUGGAGAGAUUUGUGAAAAGGGAACACACAAGGAAUUAAUGGAGGAGAGAGGGUGUUAUGCAAAACUGAUUCACAAUCUCCGAGGGUUGCAAUUCAAGGAUCCUGAACACAUUUACAAUGCAGCAAUGGUGGAAGCCCUUAUGGAGAGCCCUGCUGGGAGAGAUGAAGAUGCUGUUUUAGCUCCAGGAAAUGAGAAAGAUGAAGGAAAAGAAUCUGAAACAGACUCAGAAUUUGUAGAGACAAAAGUUCCUGUACACCAGCUUGUCCAGACCGAAUCGCCCCGGGAAGGCACCGUGACCUGGAAAACAUAUCACACAUACAUUAAGGCUUCUGGAGGGUACCUCCUCUCUCUCUUCACAGUCUCUCUCUUCCUCCUGAUGAUCGGCAGUUCUGCCUUCAGCAACUGUUGGCUGGGUUUCUGGUUAGACAAGGGCUCACAGAUAACCUGUGAGCCUCAGGGCAACAAGACCAUGUGUGAGAUUGGUUCUGUCCUGGUGGACACCAGGAAACACAUGUACCAGUGGGUGUAUGCAGCGAGCAUGGUGUUCGUGCUGGUUUUUGGCAUCUGCAAAGGCUUAACCUUCACUAAGACCACGCUGAUGGCAUCCUCGUCGAUGCAUGACAGAGUGUUUGACAAGAUCUUAAAGAGUCCAAUGAGCUUCUUUGACACGACGCCCACUGGCAGGCUAAUGAACCGUUUUUCCAAAGAUAUGGACGAGCUGGAUGUGAGGCUGCCGUUUCACGCGGAGAACUUUCUGCAGCAGUUUUUUAUGGUGGUGUUUAUUCUGGUGAUACUGGCCGCUGUGUUUCCUGCUGUCCUUUUAGUCUUGGUCGGCCUUGCUGUAGGCUUCUUCAUUCUCUUACGCAUAUUCCACAGAGGAGUCCAGGAGCUCAAGAAGGUGGAGAACAUCAGCCGUUCUCCCUGGUUCUCCCACAUCACCUCCUCCAUCCAGGGCCUGGGCAUCAUUCACGCCUACGAUAAAAAAGAGGACUGCAUCAACAAGUUUAAGAUGCUGAAUGAUGAAAACUCCAGCCACCUCCUAUAUUUUAACUGUGCUCUCAGGUGGUUUGCUUUAAGAAUGGAUGUCCUCAUGAACAUCGUCACCUUCAUUGUGGCCUUGUUGGUGACCCUGAGUUUCUCUUCAAUCAGUGCCUCAUCCAAAGGCUUGUCGUUGUCUUAUAUCAUCCAGCUGAGUGGACUGCUGCAAGUGUGUGUGCGAACAGGAACAGAGACCCAGGCCAAAUUCACCUCCGUGGAGCUGCUAAGGGAAUACAUUUCGACCUGUGUUCCUGAAUGUACUGAUCCCCUCAAAGAGGGUACCUGUCCCAAGGACUGGCCCAGCCGUGGAGAGAUCACCUUCAGAGACUAUCAGAUGAGAUACAGAGACAACACACCCCUUGUACUUGAUGGGCUGAAUUUACACAUCCAAAGUGGGGAGACAGUAGGGAUUGUUGGAAGAACAGGUUCUGGAAAGUCGUCAUUAGGGAUGGCCUUGUUCCGUCUGGUGGAGCCAGCCAGCGGUACAAUCUUCAUUGAUGAGGUGGACAUCUGCACCGUGGGUUUGGAAGACCUCAGAACCAAACUGACUGUGAUCCCCCAGGAUCCUAUCCUGUUUGUAGGUACAGUAAGGUACAACUUGGAUCCCUUUGAGAGUCACACCGAUGAGAUGCUCUGGCAGGUUCUGGAAAGGACAUUCAUGAGAGACACAAUAAUGAAACUCCCAGAAAAAUUACAGGCAGAAGUCACAGAAAAUGGAGAAAACUUCUCAGUAGGGGAACGCCAGCUGCUUUGUAUGGCCCGAGCACUUCUCCGUAAUUCAAAAAUCAUCCUCCUUGAUGAAGCCACUGCCUCCAUGGACUCCAAGACUGACACCCUUGUUCAGAGCACCAUCAAAGAUGCCUUCAAAGGCUGUACGGUGUUGACCAUCGCCCACCGCCUAAACACAGUUCUCAACUGCGACCGUGUCCUGGUCAUGGAAAAUGGGAAGGUGAUUGAGUUUGACAAGCCUGAAGUCCUUGCUGAGAAGCCAGAUUCUGCAUUUGCAAUGCUACUUGCAGCAGAAGUCGGAUUGUAAAGGUCCCUGUGGCUGAUCUUGGAGGAGUAGGUGUGAGAUGAGCAGGGAGGCUCUCAUUGCAGCGGGCCACCCCGUCCACUGCCCCUCCCACCCAUGGAGUAUGAGCCGAGCUGGUCUGAGGUCUCCCCUCUUUCCUCCAGCUUAUGCUGGCUCAUCUCAUGCUGGCUCACCUCGCCUGCAAGGCUUAGGGUUGGUCCUGGGUGGUGAACAGAGGUAGAUGAAGCAUGUGGAUUAAAAAAUACUGCCCCUCCCCUUCUAAAAUCCCAAGGGUCCCUCUUCUGCUCUCCACCAAUACCACCUGAGCUCCUGAGAAAAGAAACAUUGUAACUUUUAGUUAAACACCAGUAAAAGUAAAUAGAAUAGGAAAUGCCCGAGGACGGAGUUUGCUAAGGUUUCUUGCCUUGCUUUCAAAAGGGAAAAGAGUAGAUUUUUCUUCCCGCAUAAGUCCUGUUCACUUCCGUCUUAACUGUGUGACAAGCAGUAACUACACAGAUCUGUAGCAUGAAAGAUGAAUUACAGUGUUUGGUGAGAAAAAAAAUUUAAAAAAAUUUUAAAUCAUAUUGUUGGUUCUAUUUGAUCUCUUAGGAUAACCAGGAAAACAAAAUGCUGGAGUUUCUCUCUAAAUGACAUUUUUAUAUCUUCUUUAUUGGUCAUUAAAACGCAGUAGGAAAUUAAAGUCCCCUGAAAUGUUGCCUUGCCAUUAUUUUACUGAAGAUAUUCCCAUUUCUGUACUAUUUCCUCUCAUAGACCCUUGUUGCCGUCUCCCUUGACUCGGUAAUAAACCCUCAAAAUCGUUUAACAAAUAAAAGACUUUCUUUCCAA